UUAAAAGGGCGUAAACAUCAGCAACAUUCUCGCCCCCUCCUGUAGCCAAAAAGGGUGCCAUCAAUUGUGAUAACAUGAAGCAGUUGGCGUUGGGCGUUGUUUUUCUGUUGGCAGCCGUGGAAAGUGCCACUGCCAUCAGCUGCUACGUGUGCAAUACAACCGACUCGACGAAUCCUUUCCAGUGCAGCGAAUGGUUCGAGCGAUUCGACGAGCCCGAUCUCAAGCCCGUCGACUGCUCCAACGUGUACGGUGCUAAGUUUUGCAUCAAGCACAUUGGCCGUUUCGAAGACGGCAUCGGUGCCAAGCGGUACUGUUCGUCCCGUGACCUCGGAAACUACUGCAACUACGUGCGAAAUCCUGGCGACCAGAUCGAGUAUCGAUCGUGCAUUUACACCUGCGACACCGAUGGAUGUAACGCUGCUCCACGUUCCCGGAUCGUGUCGGGUGCAAUCGUGACUGCUUUAGCACUGCUGGUCCUCAGCAGGUUUGGACUAAGCCUCAGGCAGCUUUAGGCGGCCAACAAGGCACGCAUUGCAAUCCUUCCGUCCUUAUGCGAAGCUUUCGUUCAGAAGAACGCGACUUUUUCAUUCCAUCUAGCAAUAAAAUUCUCAGGCGCGUGCAUUUUUAUUGUCGAAGCUUCCCCCUGUCAUGUUCGAAGGUUCUAGUAUUAACGUAGGUUUAGCACGAUAUUUCCAAUAAACAUGACAAUUUUCC